CAAGAAAGAUAAGUCCUUCCUUAGCUAAGUGCAAUCUGCCUUUCUGGAUACCUUUACCAGAGUGGCUUGAACUUUGCUCCCCACAUUCUCCCGUCAUCAGGCAGGCCGAUGGGAAGUAUACUUACAUGCACACGCAUGCUUAGAAGUCUCCUGUGUGCACUAGUUAGGCCAGCAGAGAGGAGCGGCAGGUGGAUGCACUGGUGCUGCUGUUAGAAGUCAAGGAAGAUGGCUGGAAGGAGACGAGGCCGAGGCAGCAACGUCCAGCAACAACAAGCCUCACAGAGGCAGACACGAGGCCCUCACAAGGCUCUGCGGGAGCCAGCUGUUUUUUCUAAGUCUACAGGUUGUGAAUCAGAGAUCCCCCAUGAAAAGUUGACCAUUGCCCAAGCGCGAAGAGGCACACCAGCUCAUCGUCCGGUGAGAGUCUAUGCUGAUGGUAUCUUUGAUCUUUUCCAUUCUGGGCAUGCUCGAGCCCUGAUGCAGGCAAAAAAUGUGUUCCCAAACACCUACCUGAUAGUAGGAGUCUGCAGUGACGAACUCACCCACAAGUUUAAGGGCUACACGGUGAUGACCGAGGAUGAACGCUACGAUGCCCUGAGGCACUGUCGUUACGUAGACGAGGUGCUGCGCGACGCUCCCUGGUCCCUUUCCACAGAGUUCCUCAAGAAACAUAAGAUUGACUUUGUGGCCCAUGAUGACAUCCCUUAUACCUCUGCUGGAUCAGAGGAUGUUUAUAAACACAUCAAGGAAGCAGGAAUGUUUGUGGCCACUGAGAGGACAGAAGGCAUCUCCACAUCUGAUCUGAUCACUCGUAUUGUCCGAGACUACGACAUCUAUGUUCGACGCAACCUGCAAAGAGGCUACACAGCACGAGAACUGAAUGUUGGAUACAUUAAUGAGAAGAAAUACCGGCUCCAGGAACAAGUGGACAAGAUGAAAGAGACGGUCCGUACGGUGGAGGAAAAGUCCAAACACUUUGUCUACAGAGUGGAAGAGAAGAGCCAAGACCUCAUCCACAAGUGGGAAGAGAAGUCGCGAGAAUUCAUUGGCAACUUCCUGGAGCUUUUUGGACCAGAUGGGGCCUGGCAUGCCAUUCAGGAGCGCAGUGGCCGCAUGAUCCAGGCCCUGUCCCCUUACUCGUCACCCCGAGGCUCCCCCAGCAGCAGUCCCACCAGGAGACGCUCAAUUUCUCCUGGCUCCUCACCUUCCUCUGCAUCCCCCUCCUCUCUCUCCCCUCCUUCUUCCCCCUCCUCAAAGAAAAAGGCCACACAAGCCUCUUUCAAAGCAGCCUCCACGUACAAUGUGCAGUGAGCUCGUCAUGGUUUGUUCCUCUUUGUUGGUCUUCAUUAAUCUGGUGGAUGUUGUGUCUAAGGAGGCUGUUAAUCGAAACAAACGAAAAAAAAGGAAAUACUUUACACUGGUUUAUUGCGCAAUAUAUCAUAAUGUAAAUAAUAAUACAACAUUCAAAUGUUGCUUGCUUCAUCUUCUGUCAUUUGUUACUCUUUGAUCUUUGAUAUGUCGAGUAGCUUAAUAGAUAACACAUAUGUAUGAUAUAGGAGUCUGUAAUAGAGUGAUACGUUAGAUUUAUUUCAGACAGUGAUAAUCAACCCAAAUUUCCCUGUAACUUAAUGUCUUACAUGGUUACAUGCUUCUUGCAAGUUUGGGAGGUGGCUUAAGAUCAUUUAAAUAUUUAAAAUGCUUCUUUAUGGGGUCCUUAUAAUCCUUUAUUUUUAUUUAUUACAAUGUGAAAACAGUGUGAAAGGCGCUCAUAUUGCUGAACCAACAGAGAAAUAGGACCUGACUCAGCAGCAGCCCUCAGUGUACAAAAUUGUAUAGCUCAUUAUUUAGCUGUCCGGUCAGCAGAUUUGCUGAAAGAAAAAACUAAAAGUUGCUUAAUAACUGCUGGAUGUGUAAAUAUGCAACAGUUUGCUAACAAGUUCACCAUGUUAACAUAAAAGCAAAAGAACGAAAUAGCAAUGUUGUGUUCACAACCAAAGUGGUCAUAUGAUUCCUUAUGAAUUAUAAUAUCUACUGUGAGAAAACUAUUUUUAAUAGCGCUCCUAGCGAUUGCAGUUGUGUAUUAUAAUGAGCUUACAUGUUGGAGAGUCAAAACAAAUAAAUAACUGUAUGGAUUAUGCAAUAUGAAA